UAUUUACGUUUAAGUAGAAAAACUGUACGUCUCUUUCCUCGACCUCUUCCAUCAGGCACUUUUCGACGAAAUAAUGUUCGCAUCGUGUUCAGUUAAACGCGCUGUAUCAUACAGAUUAGACACAAUGAGUUGGAAACAGGAAAGUGAUCGCCAACUCUGGAUAGCAAAAUGUUUUAAAAAAAAAGAUUGCCAUGGAUUUCGAGUACAGUGUCGAACAGAAUCUUGCCGAGAGUUUGUUAAAUACGCGAAGUACAUUAAAUUUUCAGAACAUAUUAAUGAAACCCAUCCAAGAGUUUUUAAUAAUGAGACGAAGAACAUUGACAGGAAGGACUGGAAAUUUUAUCGGCUAACAGAAAGGUACAACACACAAUGUAUUUUAUGUAAAACAGUAUUGAUAGAAUCUACAAAUGAAAACUACUUAUUGGAACAUUUAUCCCUUGAAGAAGUCUACCGUGAUGAUAGAAAACGAACAUUCUAUGAAAAUCAAUUUUUUAUAUGGAAAUACUUAGACCAAGUUAAUGAUUUCUCUGCAAAAUGUAGUCUUUGUAAAACACAUAUAAAAACUUGUUUCGAUAUUGAAGAGAUGAAAAAGCACGUAGUCAACAAGCAUAAUGAAAAGUGGCUAUUAUUAAUGCAAACAGGAGGGUGGAUAAAUAAAUCACAAGACAACGAACAGUCUUUAAUGAAUAUAAUUAACCAGCAUGACUGGAUAAUGAGAUAUUUUACAAAAUCUAUGCAUUUUGAAGCAAUAUGUAACUUUUGCAAAAUCAGACAACAAGCUAUCAGAAUUGAAGAGAUUCAUUACCAUGUAAAGCAGCAUGAAACUAUUUAUAAUAUGGAUAAGUUUUUAACAGAGACAUUAAGUAAUAUGGAUAACUGGCGUUGUUUUCGAUAUACAAAAAAUGAAAAAACAACACAAUGUAUUAUAUGUAAUCUUGUUAUGCCGCUUUACCAGCCGAUACAGUUUAAUUUAGCAGCUGAGGACAUGAACACUCACGCCCAAAUGCAUUGUUUUGAAAACUUUCAUCAACAUAAUCACUUUUAUCAUUAUAUAACAACACAACAUUUUACACUAAAAUACGUAAACGAAAAUGAACAUUACGAUGCGACAUGUACGAUUUGUAAUGAAAAUAUACCAUUCAUGUAUAACUUCAUUGAAUUGGAACAACACAUACAAGAACAUAACGAAGAUUGUAAAAGAAUACAAAAAGAAUUGGCACAAGAAACAGCAUACGAUCAAGAUGGACCAUCGACAAGCCAGACAAACUGAAAAAAAAACGAUCAUUUAUCUACACAGAGUUUGAAAA